AUGUCCCGUAUUAUCAUUAUUUUCUGUUUCUUCACGCUAGCGGCUGCGUUACCUAACGACGGCCAAGAGCCGAAACAUGAAGAGGACAAGCAUUCCAAUAUGCCGGUCUCCGAAACGCCCAAGAGUCAUGACACGCCCAAGGUGUCUGGAAAGCCGUCAGACAGUAAACCUGCACCGGUAAUGACUGGACAUAAUGAACAGAAAAAC